AUGACGGACCUGGAGCCGCUCAAUCCGCACCAAGUGUCCAUCAACAUGGACCCUCCACCGCCGCGCUCCAAACAGCUUUUGCGCGGCUCAAAAGCGGCCGUGACCGACCUUGUUUACUUCAUCGCCCCCACCACCGAGCUUGCCAUCAAGAUGGACGCGGCCGGAGGGCGGCUGGUGAAGAGAUCCAGCGGCCGGUCCCUCGUCCAGCACAUUAACCUGCCUCCGCAACGCCGCGUCGGUUUCUUCAGGGACUUUUUCACGACCAUAGUCAACUCCCGCUGGUACUGCCUCAUCCUGUACUUCAGCGCUCUCUACGUGACCUCGUGGCUCUUUUUCGGCUCCAUCUGGUUGGGACUAAACACCGCGCUGGACUCUGGGGGAGGCGGGAACGUUACGUGUGUGACUGACGUCAUCGAUUUCCCGUCUGCUUUUCUGUUUUCCAUCGAAACCCAAAUGACAAUAGGCUACGGCUUUAAAUACAUCACCAACGAGUGUCGAACAGCUAUUUUUAUCAUUAUAGUACAAUGUGUAUGUGGUCUGCUCAUUGACUCGUUUCUACUGGGGCUGAUCUUCACGAAGCUGAGUCGACCACGAAAUCGCAGGAGGACACUUCUGUUUAGCGAUUACGCGGUGAUCCGAGACGGGGAGGGUGCGAGGGUGCGAGUUCUGGAGUUCAAGAUAGCGGACGUGAGGAGGUCACAGGUCGUCGAGGCGCACGUCCGUCUCCAGCUCUACUGGUACCGAGAGUCCGCGGGAGGAGGAGGAGGGGAGCUGCGGCAGUACGACCUGGAUGUGGGGUACGACGAGGGGAGGGACCGCAUCUUCCUCCUCACUCCAGUCUCAGUCUUCCACUACAUCACUGAGCAGAGUCCUCUCUACGGCCUCACUUGUGAGGACCUUGCCUCCUCCACACUGGAGCUGGUCGUGAUACUAGAGGGCAUCGUGGAGGUCACAGGUCUAACUUCACAGGCCCUGUGGUCUUACACGGGUGAUGAAAUUCUGUUGGACCGUCAAUUUGUGUCGACCAUCAGCCACAGACACGGCAGGUGGCAGGUGGACUUCUCAAAACUCAGCCUCACUUCUCACUGUCAGCCUCAGCCGCAGGAGAGAGACGAUGAGACCACACCCACCCAGACAACGAGACUUCCAACCUCUGACCUCCACGGAGAAUAUUAGUUAU